AUGGCCAGAAUGGUCUAUCACUUUGGUGUCGGCUUCUGGCUCAGCGAAUAUUUGGGCCUCCUCCGCAAAUCGGACGAGUCCCACUCUAUGCCAGAGGAGGUCGCCUUCUCUGGUUCAUCAGGCGGAUCGCUUAUAGCGUGUGUCCUGGCUGCUGGUAACAACCCACGUGACGUUUUCGACUUCAUCGUGGAGCAGCAGCCGCUUUGCAAGCGCAAUCCUGUGGAGAUGUUCCGAGCAGUUGAGCGAGCAUUGCGCAAGUUCCAGUUCGAGGGCGCAUAUUUGCGGCUCAUCGGUCGCAUGCGUGUACUGCUGACAAGGGUGAUGCAGCACCCACCCUUCGUUCAAGGGGAGGUGGUUGACACGUACCCAGACAACGAGACGGUGAUCCAAAUUCUCUGUGCAUCCUGUCACGUUCCAAUCUUUGCUGGCCUCUUCCCACGACGCAUAUUCGGGCGAUACUACUACGAUGGCCUGGUGUGGCCAGACCGACUUCUCGUACCGUGGCGCGGAGCACCAGGAGAUCACGUCGUGCGGAUUUCUGCCUGUGCACACCCUCUUGCAGACGUAAAGAUUGACCGUGUGCCCUACUGGUGGGCCGUGCUGCCUCCUGAUCCUCGUGUGCUGCGAGGCAUUUUCUGGUGUGGUUACAGAGAUGCGGCGAAGUGGUUCUGCACGAAGCCAGAGGACUCAUCGGAGCUCUGUUGCAGGAAGCAACCACAGGCGGCAGCAGCGUCCACCGCGAGGUGGCGAGCAGCACAAGCACUGCUAAAGGAGGCUCCCAACACCAAGCUCCCUGAAAAGGAUCCGGUGACUGGUGAGAAUGUAGCCGAACUGAUACAAGAAGCGGAGGCUUUGGCAGCAGAGGCCACACUCUGCGUUUCUGUGGCACUGACUGCCUCUGUGGCGCUUCUGUUGGCAGCUCUAGUUGCUGCUUGGGCGAUAUGGUAG